AUGAGCCAGGAAUAUUACCCUGCCGAGGGCUCUUCCUCCGGAGCCGCUUCGUCCAGAUUCCCGGGCGAGGAAGAGUUACCUGAGCAGAGCCCUUUUUUCCCUCCCCCACCUGCCUACAUGACCGUGGGUAACGGAUCGACCUCCGACAGCGCAACAGCUUUGAUGACAUCUCUGAACCAAGAUUCUGGAUAUGGAGGCAGUAUCGCCGGGGAAAGCGCAAUGGAGGAGGACUCGAACGCGGCUUGGCGUGCAGGAUUGAUGGAGGACCGCCCGACACCAGUGCACACACCAACGCGUCCAGGGGAAUGGAACCCAGCUGGUAGGCAAUCCGAGUGCUUGCGCUGCGUCAAAUGUGAAUUGUUUGGGCUAAUAUCUGUGUGUUCAGCUGAACAUGAAAAGCAAGUGGUUGCCAGUCACGUCUCUCAACUUCUUUAUAACUCGAACCGAACUAAACUCGGUCGCGCGAUCUCCCGGACUAUCGAUACCUUGAAGGAACUCCAGCAUAUGAACCGUCAGUGGCCCGCCCACUAUCCAUCUGUGCAGAGCGCCACCACACCUGCAAGCCGACCCCAGCUCAACCAUACACACUCAGAGCUUGGUGACAGCGAUAGGCCUACGACCCCGCCUCGCCCAGAUUUGCGACGCGCAGCUACGACGAUUGGAAACGAGGAUCUAGCAGAGUCCAGCGCCUCUGCCGAACGCCGAGCCCCGGCUGAGCCCAGGUUGAUGACUCCGCAGAUUGCGCAGGAGUUUUCUAUUCUGAAACUCGAUCUCAAGCUUGGUGCUCUCUCACAGGCAGAACUCGUACACUCGCUGGAAAAGGCUUCCAUUGCUUCACUCCUAGAUGGAAAAAUUAGCCAAAGCAUGAAGCAUCUUCUUUCUUUGCGUGACAGGAUUGAAGACACGUCGAGCAAGGUCCUGAUCACUGGUGACUUGAACGCGGGUAAAUCGACAUUCUGCAAUGCUCUGCUACGCCGGAAGGUGUUGCCAGAGGACCAACAGCCAUGCACCAGCAUCUUCUGCGAAGUUCUGGACGCUCGCGAGAAUGGUGGAAUUGAAGAAGUUCACGCUGUUCAUAAGGAUACGCCUUACAACCGCAACGACGAGAGCACAUUUGACGUCUAUGCUCUUGCCGAGCUCGAGGACAUCGUUAUCGAAAACACCAAGUACAUGCAGUGCAAGGUUUAUGUCAAGGAUGUACGGUCUAUCGACGAAUCGCUACUCAACAAUGGUGUCGUUGACAUCGCCUUGAUCGAUGCGCCUGGUCUCAACUCGGACUCACUGAAGACCACAGCAGUCUUUGCUCGACAGGAGGAGAUUGAUGUCGUUGUUUUCGUUGUAUCUGCUGCGAACCAUUUCACACUGUCUGCAAAGGAGUUCAUCCUGAAUGCUGCUCACGAGAAAGCCUACAUCUUCAUGGUCGUGAAUGGAUUUGAUCAAAUUCGCGACAAGCAACGUUGCGAACGCAUGAUCUUGGAUCAAAUUGGCAAGCUCAGCCCUCGUACAUACAAAGAAGCAGCUGAGCUCGUUCACUUCGUUUCGAGCAAUGCAAUUCCAGUUGCGCCCUCUGCUAUCUCUCAGUCAGGCUCUGGUGGUGGUGGUGGCGGCGGUGGUGACGGCGGUGGUUCUGAUCCUCACGAUGACGACGAUGAUAAGAAAGACCCUAAAGAUAAAGGCAAGGGCAAAGAACGCGAGAAGCUUCAAGAUUUCGAGAAUCUUGAAGGGGCUUUGCGACGAUUUGUUCUUGAGAAGCGCUCUCGAUCCAAGCUUGCCCCUGCCAGAACUUAUCUCCUGAACCUCUUGGCUGAUCUCAAUUCGCUCGCCACUGUCAACCGUGAUGUUGCUCAAACAGAGCUCAAGCGGGUUACAGACGAGCUGGCAAAGAUUGAGCCUGCUUUCGAGAAUGGCAAGAAGAAGAAGGUAGAGCUUGCGGAGGGUGUUAACAAAGCGAUUGAUGACUCCUGCGAUGAUGUCUACAACCACACUCGCUCGACCUUGACUGAUACAAUCACCCGGGUGUCAGACGCGGACCUCGGUGUUGAAUACCCUGGUCUUUUCUCAGCUUUCCAAUACGCCGAAGACUUGAAGCUAGCCAUGCUGGAUCAAAUCGCCUCAUCGGUCACUGACUGUGAGGACUACGCUCGAGAGAAGACCGUUCAAGGAGUUGGGUUCAUCCAAAAUAUUGGACUGCUGCACAUCGGGGAAGACAAGUUCAGCCCGCUCAACUUCCGUGCCGAUGCUAUGUUCCGCCGUGGACGCCGUCACACGUUCGGCCGUCAAGUUGACACAGAGGUUGAAUUAUGGGACUUCUUUGACGUUGCCGGUCUGUGGGAGCGCCAGGAGAAGAUGGCAGGUACAGGUGUCGCGAUGACUGCAGUCACCGUUCUGGGUGGUAGAGCCCUUGGCGGCUUCAGCUGGGUGGACAGCGCACUGAGUGCGGUGAAGCUCAUUGGCCCGAACAACUUGCGCCGGCUGUUCUUCCCAAGUAUCCUUGCUGCCGCUGUCUUGACAACCGCCUAUGUGCUGAACUCUAUCCCGACAACUCUUCCUCCUCGUCUGUCGCGGAAGAUUGCCGCAACUCUUGCCGAUAUGGACUAUGUUCAUUCAAACGCAAACCGUAUCUCGACUGAGGUUCGCCGCAUGCUGCGCAUGCCCGCCGGCAAUCUCCAAACUUCUCUGUCCCAAGAUAUCGAAGAUCUGGGCAGACGCAAGCAGGAGGUCACCAAGAUCAAGCAGGAGAGUGAUGUUGCCACUAAGUACUUCUCAAAUCUGUUCCGAGACAGCAGUGAGAACCGUCGAACCGUUGAAAACCUGGAUCUUGACGCUCCUUUGCCUGGCGGCAUGGCUGCAUCGAUGGAGGCGUAA